GCGCAAAACAAGAUUUCCCUUCCUGUCUGCAGUUUUGUCUUUACAGAUUUCAUUUUUGUUGUUAGACGACUACACAUAACAAAAUGUCGAGCAGAAAAACCAAAGGCAAGACGACCAAGAAGAGGGCCCAGCGUGCGACAUCAAAUGUCUUCGCUAUGUUUGACCAGUCGCAAAUACAGGAGUUCAAGGAGGCCUUUAACAUGAUAGAUCAAAACAGAGAUGGGUUUGUCGACAAGGAAGAUUUGCAUGACAUGUUUGCUUCUAUGGGCAAAAAUCCUACUGAAGCAUACCUCGAUGAGAUGAUGAAUGCAGCUCCCGGUCCCAUCAACUUUACAAUGUUUCUCACAAUGUUUGGUGAAAAGCUCAACGGCACAGAUCCAGAAGAUGUUAUCAAAAAUGCAUUUGCUUGUUUUGAUGAAGAUAAUACUGGUUUUAUUCCUGAAGACAGACUGAGAGAGUUGCUAACAACAAUGGGUGACCGUUUUUCAGAAGAUGAGGUGGAUGAAAUGUUUAGAGAUGCCCCAAUCAAGAGAGGGAACUUUGAUUACUUGGAAUUCACUCGGAUUUUGAAAUAUGGCAAAAAAGACGAGUGAUGUUUCAUGUUUACUAAUAUUUAGUAGUUACACAUACUUUCAUCUGUAAAACAAAAUAACAUGUGCUGACUGACACACUGCUGUGGGCAUUAACAGUGAAAACUAUUCUUAUUUGUAUUAUCAUUAAUUAUUGUUGGUAGAAGUUAAUUUUCUAGUAAUGUCUAAAAGAGGUCACUAUUUCAUUGUCUUUUUAAAGUAUUUAAUUUUUUAAAACAAAUAUUUUAUAAAUUAUGAAAAAGCAGUUAUUAAAGUUGCGAUUAUUGUUUUAAAUAUUUAAAUAUUAUAUAUAAAAUUUUAUAAAUAUAAUUUUUUUUUUACACUGCACUCAUGACACAGCAACAAAACUAAAAAGAAAAAUGUAAAAAAACCCACCAUGUUUACGAUAAAUGCCUAAAUAAAAUGUUUAUUGUCUGUAAAAUAUUUAGUAUUGAAAAUAUUUCUCAAAAUUUUAUCUUUAUUUCACCUUAAACACCAUUUACUAUUUUAGCCUACUACACCCAAAAGGAUAACAUUUAUUAAUGAUGGUGUCAAAAAAUGUGAUCUCCCAUUUUGUACACUUUACUUGUCCUAAAAGAAGAGAGUAUAAUCUCUAACCAAGGUGCUUAUUUUUGUUUUCACAGAGUAUUCAUUGGACAUAUUUUCUUGAAUGUGAUGCAGUGUGUCAGGUCAGAGUGUUAAUGGAAUAGCUAGAGAAGGCAGGAAUUUCGGAUAUCAAAAAUAUCAUACACAUAUGCACUGUAACAUCCGCCUCGUUUUUUUUUCUUUUUCUUUUUUCUUUUUACACUGGUCAUGUCCAUAUCUCUGUACAUUGAAGAAAAUAUAUCAUGGAAUAUUGGCUUGAUUUAUUAUGCUGUCUUGGGUCUUGUAGUUAAUUAGUACAACUUACAGCUGUGCUUAUGUGGGGUUUUUCUUUUGUCUUUUUGUAAACAAGAUUCGGGGCCAUGUUUUUAAAACUCUUAAUAUCCAGACUUUUUGUAAAGUGUAAACUGUUGCAUGCACUUCGUGUGACGUUAAAGUCUUCAGACUUUAUAUAAUUUAAAGCUUUGAGUCUAGCAUGGUUUUGUCUUUGUUUUUUGUUUUUUCCUAUCGAUAUCCAAUAUGCUUAUUUCAACAUUCAUUAUAUUGAAUUUUGUUAAAAUAUAUAUACAUAAGUAUAUUAUAUAUAAAUGUACUUGCUAUUAAGUAUUUUUAUAGGUAGAGCAGUUCUAACUAUACCUUUCAUUCCAAGUUUAUCCUAUUGUUCAGUUUGAAUCUUGACAUUCUUCAAAUACAAUAUUUGAUACAUUAUGAACAGAGAUGGGAUUAUGUUGAUGUUAGGUUAUAUAUUUCUUUCUAAAAAAAAAGAAAGCAUUCUUUAUUUUUAUUUGUUUUUGAAUUCCAUAAUGUUAUUUGAAAAUCUUUUUAAAGUGGAAAGGUAUUUUUUCAGGUUAGAUGUUUAUACAUGACAUCAGUAGGAUGUAUACUUAACAACAUUCCUCAGAUAAAUUUGUUGAUUUUGAUGUGCUGCAUUUAAAUGCACGCCAGCAUUAUUUGUUAAUCAUGGUUGACAGAGUAACAUUCAGAUUUCUAUUUUCGGUUUCAAUUUCAACCACUUUGUUAGGAAUACCAGGAUCAGUUCCUAACUAAACUUGUUCAUUUGUUAAACUGUAAUUUCCAAGAUACUGGGACCAAACAUAAUUACUUUGUUUAUUUUAUUAUAACAGUGUUUAUUUUAUUAUAACAAUGUUUUGGUGCAAGUGACUGCUACUGAUUCCAAUUUGUCUUAUUAUUCCAUUCAAAUACUAAUAUUCAGUUAGUUGUAUAUGCCAUUGCUGUUUAUGCUACAGUAUAAUAUAUUAUUAAUAUCAGAUAAAAUCAAAUUGUGGGUGGGUGGGGUGUGAACUGUUCAACAAUAUGCGAGUCUCACAGUUCAGUUGUGUUACUUUAUAUUCCAAACCAGCAAGAAAAACAUCUGUACUCUAGUCUAUAUCCAAGAUAACUCUUUUAAGUAUUAAAUUUAGUCUCACUGCUUUAAAUGGCAGAAGUUGCAGAAUCCCUUAUCAUUUAGUCCUACCACUGCAAUUAAAAAAAUGUCCACUGCAAAAAACAUGCAGAGGUUGGGGGGGGGGGGGGGGGGGGGGGGGGGGUCAAAUAUAGUCAAUAGCAAAAAAGUGGCCUGGCAAAUUAAAAACUUCACAGCAUUACUGAUUACUGUGAAGAAAUGCAGGAGUUGUAAUUCAUGUAACUUUUUCAUUUUCAACAUUGACAUCCCUGUUUACAGAAAACUUGUUCCUAUCGGACAUUUGUUUGCAUAUUGCAUGUUGCAGUAAUUGUUCAAUAGGCAUGUUGUAAGGUUGUGUGCAUUCCAGUUAUUAUAUUAACAUAUAUUUUGGGUCCAAAAUAUAUUGUUAAUGGUAAAGUGAUGGUGCAUUUGAAGAAUGAGAAAGUGAGAUAAUAAUAAUAAAAGAAAAAGUCUUCCACUGAUGAGUUAAAAAUAUGAAAUCUUUAUUUUACCAAGUAUAAACGUAUUACUAAUCAUAGUAUUACUAAACAUAUUGUUUAAACCUGUUGCUUAGAAUGUAGACUGUUUUCAUAUUUUGGUGGGCAUCAACAUUUAUGAUUAGAGCACUAACCUUAAACUAUGUUGCUAACUUCAUCAUGAAAUAUAAACCACAGUUAAGCCCCAAAUUAUGUCAACAUCUACCUCAAAAACAGUGAAUGUUCAAAUAGAACUAGUAUAGUUUAUUGGAUACGGGUACCUUCAUGAUAUAAAAUUACUGGUACACACAACUUGGUGGUAUAACCAGGGUGGGGAAAAAAAGUUAAGUUUUUUUGGGGGGAGUGUUAACAAAAACAAACAUCCUAAUAUGUGGUUAUGGAGGUGUAUUGCUCUCUAGCAUCACAUUUGGUUCUAUUUUCAAGCAUUUAAAAAACACAUAAAUUCCCACACUAUGCCCCUACAACAAACUUUCCUGAUCAUGCCAUUGAACACUUCAUAACUGUGUAUGCAGGAGUUUGGGGGGGGGGGGGGACCACCCUAUUUUUCACCUUUUUUUCUUUUUUUAAUGAGGUAUCUGGAAUCACUAUGGUAGAACUAAAAAUACUUAACAAUAGUUAUAGCUUUGUAGAUGCAAUGUAUAUACUUGUAUUGUUAUUAGCAUGCUCGUACAUUUCAGUUAUCCAUAUAUAUCUUGCAUUUUAUAUUUAAUGUAUUUGGUCGUAUUUGUUGCAUAUUGUUCACUCGUCAUUUGAGAUGUAAGAAGUACUUUUGUGAAAUAACUGCACAUACCAUGUAUGGAUUAUUUUGGCUUGUCUAAGUUCUAAAAUUCCAGUUGUUCAGGACUUAAUAUUAUCUUGUUUUAUUAUUAUUAUUAUUAUUAUUAUUAAAGUGACACAUUUGGCUCUCAUGUAGAUGAAAAAGCACAUUCCAGUGUGGUCUGUAUAUACAUGACUGUUACAAUAUUUUGUUAUAAUGUUUAAUGUCUUUGUCUGCAACAAUUAAUGUUAUUGGUAUAUGUUUUUGGUACUGGGACCAUUCAUACCAUGUGUACUGUAUUGGAAAAUAACUUGUUUUGAUAUGCAUUAUUGGUUAAAAAUGAACAAACCAACCAAAAAACUUAAGUGCGCAAGUGUUUUUCUCUAAUGUUGUAAUGUUACAGAAAAUGUACUGUGGAUAAUUUGUAACAUCUGUGCUUGGCAUACUUAACAAAGCUUGUAAUAACCGAACAGUGGUAUGCUGUAUGCUGCCUUUUCUGUUUAUCAUGUGAUAUACAUGUACACUGUAUAACCAUUUAUAUAUUUACUGAAUAAAUUUUACUACAUCA